AGGCGCUCAUCUGUUUCAGCAGAGGCCGGCGAUGGCGAUGCGCCGGCAGGCCUUUGGCAGCCGACGCGUCGAGGUACGCUGAAGUUUGUUUGGACCUUUAGCAAGUUCCUCAGCAGGCUUCAGUCAAUGCGAGACAUCUACGAGGAGAUGUGCAGCAGCCGCAAUAGCCGCGCGUUGAUGCAGCGGCUUGAUAGCGAGCCGUUCUCAAAUCCAUGGCAGGAAUUCGAAGAGCACGAGAUUCGCAUGAUGCUGGCCACAAAGUCUGGCAAUUCUGGCAGCCCGAUUGCGGAGGCGCGGGUGCUCGCAGGCCUCACGUCGCCCGGCACCGAGGCACGUCUGAUGCUCCACGGCUACAAGUCCGGCAACUUUGGGAAGUCCACCAGCGAUGCAUCCCUUGCUUUGGCAAGUGCCGUGACUCCAACAGCAGGGCGCAGAGAAGUCGAAGCGCUGGAUGCAAAGUCAGACGAGCUAUUGGCAAAGAGCCAGUUCCUCCUAGAGGGUGCAUCUGCUCUCUUGCUGCAAGAUCAUCCGAGACCCGGGAGUUGUCGAUCGACUGUAGUGGAAUGUCUUGACCCAGAGGAGGAGAGCCGGAUGCAAGAGCUGGAGUUGAAGGUGGAGGAGGGCAUGAAGAAGUUUCAAUUGUAUUGGGGCCGGAGAGGCAAUCCUUCCAUGGCGUCCUCCUUCCUCGCAAACACCGCAGCCACGCCGAAAGCUGGUGCGAAUGCCAGCCGGCACUGGGCUUCGCAAGGCUUGUUCCAGGCGACAAAGUCUGUGGCCUGCGGGGAUUCCAGAGGACGCUCAGCUCAUCAAGGGUCAGCCUCCUCCAGCUCAGAAGGGUCAUGGGGCAUUGAGGACGAUACCCGUGAGACGGGGGAGGCUGUGGUUCCACGCCUCACCCUGAGGGCACCGACGAUGGCCGAUGCCAUGUCCCUGGAGCAGGCGCUUCAUGCGGAGAACUCGAUCCUGGAGCGGGAGGUUGCGCGCCAGAGGGCAGAAAUCCAGGAGCUGAAGAAGAAGCGAUCCCACGCGCCUCAGGAGCCUCGAGUCGCAGUUGGUGGUACUACAUCCAGAAGCACUUCAUCCAGAAGUGGCAGCAAAACGCCUGCUCAGGGUGGCGCAGGCUCGGUGCCAGUUCCGAGGUUUGUGCCGAGAGCUGCAGGCAGCACAACCUGCACAAUGCAGAGAUCUCCGCAGUCGCCGCGAGUGAUGCAGGGCGUAGCCACUCCGGUGUGCUCCCCGCGGGGGGAGGUGCCCUCGAGGCUUUGCGCAUACCUGCCGACCAACGGCUGGGUCUACGCGGCGCCCGCAAGCAGCCAGGCGCAGACGCCACGCACAUCAGCGGCGCCUGUGAGAACUGCUGUGCGAAUGCGCACAGUUCCCUCACCAACAUCGCACUGACCGCCAGGCGCUGCGUCUCCGCAGAGAUGACAAGGGCUCACUCGAAGUCCUGAAGCGCGCCAGCGAGCCUGCAAUUUCUGCCGGCAUCCCCAAACCCUGCGA